AGAGUUGGAUGACAUGAGGGGGCAGAUCUCAGACCGGAGGAAGAUGGUGACUGAGAGAAGAGAGCUCAUCCUGAAGGAGUUUGAGAGUCACACACUGAUCAAGAAGCAUAUCGAGAUCCAGAACAGACGGUACGAUGCCAUCGUGAAGCGUCUCCACUGCCAACUGAUGAAGGCCCAGUCUGGCCACAGGCAGUUGUCUGAUGAUAUCUACCACAUGGAGAGAGAGAUCCAGGACCUCAAGAGACACCUCGAGUUGCCAUAAGUUAGCAUUCUGGUUCAUAAAACUGUAUGUUUUGUUAGUAUGACCUAAGGCUAGCAGUUUUCCCUAACCAAGACAUACUUCAGGCACUAGUGUAGGUCUGUGCAUAACUGUUGCUGUUCAUUUUCUUUUUUUUACACUUUUCUCUCUCUUUUUUUUUCAGUGAAAGUAAUGAAUUGGAAAGCCAUUAAACAAAAACAUGUCUUUA